AUGAAAAAAUCCAAAUCAGAGAUAACUCCAUCCAAAAAUAAUAAAUCUGACACCCCUGCGGAUUCAAAAGAUGAAAAGGAUUCCACCUCAAAAUAUCCCACAUCUACUAUACCAAAUGAAUUAGUUGACUAUGUUUAUUUUGUAAAUUAUAGAGCAGUAGUUGUAAAAACAAAACAUUAUUAUGCAACUCAAAAUUCUUAUGUUCUUUUUGGAGAUGUAUUUAAAAUAUAUAAUUUAAAAGGAGAAAUAAAAAAAAUUCAUGCGUUUUUUCCAGGGGAUCAAAAUAAUCUAUCAGAUACUUUAAUCAUGUUAAAAACAACAAUUAUAGCUGUUACUACAUCUAAAGCAGAAGCAUUAAGAGUUGCUGAUGAAAUAGAAAUGAUCUGCAAAAUAUGCCAUAAAAAAAGAAAAGCAACCAAAUUCUCUAUAGAAGGAUUUCUAAGAAAAGUAAGAUGUGACACAUGUAGAGUCAAACCAAAACAUUAUAUAAACAAAAAUAAUACAAACAAUAAUAAUAAUACAAAACAAAAAAAUAAUAAUUAUAAAAAUGAAACCAUUCAUGAUUCUAUGCAAUCAAAAAAAAAUUGUAUAUCAUGUAAUACCAUCACAGAUAAUUAUUCAAAUAAUUAUAAUAAUAAUAAUAAUUCCAGAUUAAAUUUAAAUACUAAUAAAAAUAUGACAAACUCUAACAAUGAAAAUCGUCACAAUGCUAAUUCAAAUAACAUUCAAGAUAAAAUAAAUAUCACCAAUUAUCUAAAUGAUGGUAAUACAAUUACUAUUAAUAAUAAUAUGAAUAAAGAACAUGCUUGUCAAUAUAAUACAAAAUAUAACAAUAACAACAAUUCAAUACCAAAAAAAUUCUGUUACACUAAUAAUAUUGAAUCAUAUAAUGCAUCUGCAUUAUUAUGUGAUAAUAAUAUUAACACAAAUGAUUCAGGUUCUAAUAAGUCCAUUAAUAAUCUAAAUGAUUAUAAAAAUAAAGAUGAAGUUGUUAAUAUGAUUGUUGAACUUAUCAAAUAUAUAUCUUGGAUGCAAAAAGCUUUAAUAAAAGCAACUAAAGGAAAUUACUCAAUAGAUAAUUCAGAAAUAAAUAUUGAUAAAAUUUCACAAAUUAUUUAUUCAGCUCAAUUAUUGUGUAAUAAAUUGUUAAGACAAAAAUCUUUAUUAGACAUAUCCAAUAAUAAUAAUACACCCAGUAUGACUUCUUUAUUACCUUACUACAAUACACAAAGUAAUAAUCUUACAAUGGAAAAUGCCCCCAAUUCAGUUAAUACAUCUAGCACUGCAACUUCCUCUAAUACUGCAACCACAUCUGCUGGUAAUGGAAAUGAUGCCACUAUCAAGUCCAAAUACUCAAACUUGUAUGCCCAAAAAAUGAAUACUAUAAACAAACACAAUGAAAUAAAUAAUACAAAUGCAAACUCUGCAACCAUAUUUACCAAUUUUAUUAAUCAAAAUAGUUUAGCAACACCAAAUAGUACAACAAACAUAACUAGGAAUACUCGAAACUGCAUUUUAAAUAAUCACAGUAAUAAUAAUAACACAAUAGAAGGAAGUGAACAAUAUACUAGUAAUAAUAAUAAUACAACAUCAAAUAAUGGAAAUACAAAUUGUUCAGAAAAUUCAAACACUAGUACAAAUGAUAAUAAUAGUAUAAAUGAGAUAAAUGAUAAAAAAUCAAGAAAUAAUAAAAGCAUAAAUAAUAAAAUAAUAAAUGAUAUUGAAACAACAGAUAAUAUUAAUAAUAAUAAUAUCAAUACAAAUAAUCAUACAGAUAUAAAUAGUAUGAACAAUAUAAAUAAUAAUUUAGAAAUAGAUAAUAUUAAUACUUAUAAUAAUCUUAAUUGUACUGUUAUACCAUAUCAUACAAAUAAUUGCCAAGUUAAUUGUUUGACAUCUUUACAAUCAGAUAGAAAUUAUACUAGAUUAAACCCUUUUAUUAAAAAUGAAAAUAAUUACUUAUGCUUAAAUAAUAAAAAUAAUGAUUUUUCAAAUAUAGUUACUUCAAAAAAUAAUUAUUAUAAUGAUAAACAAGAUAUUGUAUUUUCAGCCUUGUCUAAACAAUACAAUUCAAAUAUUUCAUUUUCAAAUAUUAAUAACACUGUUUCGAAUUUUUACAAAGCGGUUGCAAAAAAUUAUAACAUUGGAGAUACUAUUUUAAACUUUGAAAAGUAA